AUGCCCCCGUUCAUACCGACGAAACGAUCGCUAUCCCCUCCAAACCAACCCUCGCCGCCCACCAAACGGCCCGCAACCAAGAAACAGAUCGCCGAGCUUCUAGAGAGCUCCAAUUCAUCACUCAGCGAUGAAUCAAACGAGGAAGAAUGGCUUGACGUGCAGAAACCGUCGGUAAAACCAGACGGAAAUGCAGACCAUGAUGAUCACGAUGACGAGAGCGUGGAUUGGGAGGAUGCGAUGGAUACGACUACACCCAGCGGCUAUGCCUCUCAUGCCACGCCAGCUCAAGGCGAUGCAAUUCAAGAUCUGGAGUUGACACUGGAUCCAAUGGCAAAUGUGCCGGUCGUCAGCUUGCUAGAUACGAAGAAAGGGCCGUCCCAGAUUGAGCGUGCGAUUCGACUGAGCACGCAUAAGGCGCAUGUACAGUGCUUGCUGUUCCACAAUGCGAUUCGGAAUGCGUGGAUAAAUGACAAGAAGGUUCAUGAUAUACUACGAAAACAGCUACCUGAAGGCAUUCAGAAGGAGAUCAAAAGAUGGCGGGUAGCGUCCGCACUGGAUCCUCCUCCACCUCCACCACAAGCGAAGGCCGAUACAAAGGGCAAAAAGAAAGGAUCAAAGAAGAAGGAAAGUGCAAAGACUCGUAAUUGGGGUGAAGAAGCGAAGCGGUUGGAGCCUGAUCAGCCGGAUAUGAGUCACGGCGAUCCGAUCUUACAACUAUUGCGGAUUCUCGCCGCCUACUGGAAGAGAAACUUUCAAAUAACAGCGCCGGGACUUCGAAAACAUGGAUAUCGAUCUGCUGUGAAGCUAGAAGCGAUUGUGUCUUCUUUUAAAAAAGAAGAGCACAAUCCACUCUUACAUGGUGAGCGCAUAUCUGACCGACACGAAUUCCGUGCUCUAGCAGAGAAGCGCCAAGGCUCGCGUGAUGUAGGGGCUCAACUUUUCACAGCACUUCUUCGAGCACUAGGAAUCGAGGCUCGUUUAGUCUCGAACCUCCAGCCUCUUGGGUUUGGAUGGACCAAGGCUGAACUUGACACUACUGAGCCUGCACAGCCAGAAGAGAGCGCCAAGCAGACAGAGGUCGAGAGCAGCAGUGAAGAUUUUGGAACAGACGAGGACGGAGACACACAAACGUCUGCUAAAACUAGCCAAUUUGAUCGCGAUCUACCGUUUCCUGUCUACUGGACUGAAGUAGUGUCGCCCAUCACUCAUGAAGUCGUACCAGUGGACCCGUUGGUAUUGACAAAUCCCGUGGCUGCCAAUCCUGAAAUGGUGGCUGCCUUUGAACCUCGAGGGGGGCGAGCGGACAAGGCAAAGCAAGUGAUUGCUUAUGUGGUUGCGCAUUCUUCAGACGGGACCGCGAAGGAUGUGACGACACGGUAUCUACGACGCCAAACAUGGCCGGGAAAGACAAAAGGGUAUCGGUUGCCAAUGGAAAAGUUGACCAUCAGAAUGUCUAGACGAGGUCCCACGUAUACAAUUGACUACCAUUGGUUUCGAGAGACGAUGAAAGGAUAUGUGCGUUCAGACAACCAACGAACAGCUGUAGAUGACAUUGAAGAUGCAAAAGAUCUCGUUGCAAAUCAGCCCGAAAAGAAAAUCGUCAAGAAAGAAACCGAUACUUUACAGAGCUUGAAAGCAUCUACCGAAUUUGUUCUGGAGCGGUUUCUUCGCCGUGAAGAAGCACUGCGACCUGGUGCCAAAGUUGUACGCAAAUUCGUUACCGGAAAAGGCGACAAGGCGAAAGAAGAGAACGUUUAUCGUCGCGCCGAUGUUUUGAGAUGUUUGUCUGCGGAGAGCUGGCACAAGGAAGGCCGACGACCGAAAAUAGGAGAGGCACCAUUAAAGCGGGUGCCUAUACGAGCAGUCACCCUUAUGCGAAAAAGAGAGGUUGAAGAGCUCACGCGACAAACGGGACAAAAACCUCUUCAGGGCUUAUACGCUCGUUACCAGACGGAAUUUAUCAUCCCACCUCCGAUUGAAAACGGCGUCAUUCCCAAGAAUGAAUACGGAAAUAUCGACUGCUUUGUGCCUACCAUGGUCCCUCGCGGAGCGACACAUAUCCCAUACAGUGGCACAGUACGUAUCUGCAAAAAGCUUGGAAUCGACUACGCCGAAGCCGUUACAGGGUUCGAGUUUGGCAGUAAAAUGGCCGUCCCUGUUAUUGAAGGUGUGGUCGUUGCAGAGGAGAAUGCGGAUUUGGUGCGUGACGCGUGGCGGGCGGAUCAAGAGGUUCGUCGUGAGAAGGAGAGGCUUGCGCAGGAGAAGCGGAUUCUGCAGACGUGGAGGAAGUUUGUGAUGGGGUUGAGGAUUAUGGAGCGGGUUAGGGCAGAGUAUGGUGAUGAUGGGGACGCGGAGCUUGAUAAUCCAUUUCAGCGACGGCAUAAAUCUGCGGAAAAACCGAAAGUGACUGAACAUGAAGGACAUGAACGUGACUAUGAGGAAGAAGAUCAUCAUCAUCAUGAAGAUGCAGAUGCAGAUCUUGGUGGAGGUUUCCUUUUACCCGGCCAAGACGACGAUACGAACGACUUUGUCGUUGAGCAUGGCGAUGAGGUCCAUCGUCAACCUGUAAAAGAGUCAAUGGACAUUGAUGAGGAUGGUGAGCCAGACCUUGAUGAGCCUGCAGGUGACGUGGAUAUAGCUUCGACCAGCGAAGAGGAAGAAGAGUAUAAACCGGCACCUCGCAGCUCAAAUCGGCGACGGAGAUGGGGUGGUUGA